AGGAAGAAAAGAAAAAUAGAGAAAGUUUCCCUUACUGUGGCUGGUUUGAGGAAGUUUUAAGUUUUACCUGGCCAGCGCUCUGGAGGGAAGCCGUAGGCUGUUGAUGGCUUUCAGCACUUUUUGUUCGUUUGUUUGGUUGGUUUUUGAGACGGGAAUCUCACUCUUCAGUCUGGCCUGGAAUUCGAAAUGAUCCUCCUGCCUCGACCUCCCCAGUGGUAAGAUUGGGAGUGUGCACCACCGCACCCCACUUUGCAUGUAUGUUAGUGCACAGAGAGCCCUGCGCUGGGCCAGGCGGCCCCUUGGCAUGGUCACAUUCAGCCGUCCCGACAGGAGUGCGGUGAACACAGGUGUUUGCUCCCCGGGUGGAGAAACAAAGGUCCGGAGAAGCUGCACCGUGGUGUGCGGCCACACAGCUGAAUGGAAGACCCAGAGCCCAAACCCAGCCUCUGAGAACGAAAUGUGCCUGGCUACCCAGCAGCUUUCCAGGCAGCUGCUGGCGUACGAGGAGCAGAAUUUUGCCCUUGGAAAAGGUGACGAGGAAGUCAUUUCCACGCUCCACUAUUUCUCCAAGGUGGUGGAUGAGCUUAACGCCCUCCACGCGGAGCUGGCCAAGCAGCUGGCGGACACCAUGGUGCUGCCCGUCAUACAGUUCCGGGAGAAGGACCUCACAGAAAUCAGCACUCUGAAGGAUCUCUUCGGCCUCACCAGCAGUGACCACGACCUGGCAAUGGCCAAAUACAGCAGGCUUUCGAAAAAGAAGGAGAACGAAAAGGUGAAGGCCGAGCUGGCGAGAGAGGUGGCGGCCGCGCGGCAGAAGCAGCACCUGUCGGCCCUGCAGUACUACUGUGCCCUCAAUGCGCUGCAGCACCGGAAGCGGGUGGCCAUGAUGGAGCCCAUGCUGGGCUUCGCCCGUGGGCAGAUCAGCUUCUUUAAGAAGGGAGCGGAGAUGUUCUCCCAAAGCAUGGACAGCUUCCUGUCCUCCGGGGCUGACAUGGUGCAAAGCAUCCAGGCAGAGCUGGAAGAGGAAGCGGAGCAGAUGCGGGCGUCGCAGCAGGAGCUGCUGUCUGUGGAUGAGUCUGUGUACAUCCCAGACUUUGACGGGGCUGCCCCCGAGGUCAACCGGAACCUCAUCCAGAAGGCCGGCUACCUCAACCUGCGAAAGACGGGGCUGGUGAGCACCAGCUGGGAGCGGCUCUACUUCUUCACCCAGGGCGGGAACCUGAUGUGCCAGCCCCGGGGCGCCGUGGCCGGCGGGCUCAUCCAGGACCUGGACAACUGCUCGGUGAUGGCGGUGGACUGCGAGGACAGGCGCUACUGCUUCCAGAUCACAGCGCCCAACGGGAAAUCGGGAAUCAUCCUCCAGGCGGAGAGCAGAAAGGAAUACGAAGAGUGGAUCUGCACCAUCCACAACAUCUCCAGGCAGAUCUACCUGACUGAGGACCCCGAGGCCGUGGCCAUCAGGCUGAACCAGCCGGCUCUGCAGGCGGUGACACCCAUCACGAGUCUGAGCAAGAAACAAGGAAGCUCCGGCCCCAGCCAGAGCCCGAAGCAUGCGGAGCUGGCGAACGAGGGGGGUGUCCCCAGGGCAGCAGCCGCAGCCCCAGACGCCGAGCAGCUGAUCGCCCCCGGGACGCCCAUUCAGUUUGACAUCGUGCUUCCCGCCACAGAAUUCCUGGACCAGAACCGAGGUGGCAGGCGGACCAACCCUUUCGGCGAGAGCGAGGACAACACGUUUCCAGAGGCGGAAGAUUCGCUUCUGCAGCAGAUGUUCGUGGUUCGGUUCCUGGGGUCGAUGGCGGUUAAGACAGACAGCACCACGGAAGUGAUUUACGAAGCCAUGAGGCAGGUGCUGGCUGCAAGAGCCAUCCACAACAUCUUCCGGAUGACCGAGUCCCACCUGAUGGUCACCAGCCAGGCUCUCAGGCUGAUCGAUCCUCAGACCCAAGUGUCCAGGGCCAACUUUGAACUCUCCAGCAUCACCCAGUUCGCCGCUCAUCAGGAGAACAAGAGGCUGUUCGGCUUUGUCACCCGCCUGCCUGAGUCCACGGGAGAAGAGGCCCUGAGCACGUACAUCUUCGAAAGCAACUCGGAAGGCGAGAAGAUAUGUUAUGCUGUUAAUUUGGGGAAAGAAAUUAUUGAGGCCCAGAAGGACCCACAAGCACUGGCCCGACUAAUGCUGUCUGUGCCGCUAACCCAUGACGGGAAGUACGUGCUGCUAAGCGAUCACACGGACGACAGUGACGGAGGCCCGGGCGGGAGCAGAGGCGCCGAGUCCGAGGCCUGACUGGCCGGCCGUGUGCGGGCUGGGGCUCGGCCUCAAGGGUUUGCACCUUCUCUGCCGCACAGGCGCACGACCGGGUUUCGGGGUGUUGAUGCGCGCACCCCUCCCGCCUUCGCCCGCGCCUGGCCGAAGCCUGCGCCUGCACCCGGUGCCUUAGGUGCUUCCGGCGAUGCGGCCUCGGACUGUGCCGUGGGCCCCCGGACCCAGCUGUCGGAAGCAGAGGUCAGCACUCCUGUGUCCGGCGUCCUUUUUUUAAGAAUGGCAGAGGCCCUGAUUGACAGUUUGAUACCUACACUUUCCUGUUAAUAGCAUCUAUUUUUGUAUGUGAAUGAGCUUUAAGUGCCUGUUGUUCUUAAGAGUGUACUGAAAACCAGCUCGCCUCGCGGGCCCGGGCCCAGGCCCAGCGCGGUGGCCGCGUGUGCACCAGCCAUCAAGUGGCUCUCCCCUGGGAGCUGCCCAAGCAGCACGGACACGAAGGCCGAAAGGAGCUUCGGAUCUUGGGGACGUGACUGCAUCAGUGGCCAUUCGCCACCGGUGUUUUCCUCUUCUGAGCCAGACCCUUCUCAAGGACGGGCCGAUGAAACCCCAAACUCACCCGAAGCAGAGUGAGCAGGGUGCACUUCUGUUCCACUGUGGUCAUCAGGUUCCUGGAGCCCGGCCCACCCCACAAUCCCCCAACCCCACAACCUCCCAGCCAGGCUUAGGGAUAAAGGUCUUGGACUGUGCGCGGCGUGUACCUGUAACAAGUGCAGCAGACUGUUGUGACCUGUGUAAUAAAUUGACUUAGCCACGAAA